AUGCCAGGCGCGGCCUGCGGGCAGCCAGCGAAGCGGCGCGUCCGUGUCCCUUCGGAUGCAGUGUCGUCCUGCCCGCCGUCAUCCCCAGUCGGCCGCUGCGAGCGCGGAGAGCAGCGCGAGCGCUGUGAAGAUGCGAGGAGGUGGAACAAUGAAUUUAUAGCGGCAUGCCAUCCUGCAAUGGAAGUUCCUGCCGCAAGUUUUUUUCCUCGGUGCACGCCCGUGCGCUCCCGCCUCGAAGACCUUGCCACUCCGUCCGCCCGCCCGCCCGCCCGGGGCUUUCGGCUGCCCCAGCGGCCCCUCGCUCCGCGCCCUCCCCGCCGGCCCGCCGCCGCCCCGGUCCCGGGGUGCCUCCCCUCCCCAGGUCCCCGGCCUCUUCGCUGCGGGACGCUCGUCGGGCUCGGGCUCCGGGUGACUAAGUUCUCCCAGCCACCGGCAGAGGGGCCGGGCGGCCGGAGAGCCUCAGGCGCUUCCUGGCGCGUAGCUGCGCCCAGAGUCCUGCGGUGUCCGCGGCAGGGUCGCCCGCCGCCUGGGAACUCCGCGCCUUUGUGUGCGAGCCCCCCCACCCCACCCCCGCCUUUCUCCGCGCGCCGAUCCUCGGCGCCCGCAAUCUGUCACUUCAUCCCGGGCGACUGGAACUUCCUUCGCUCUGCUCUAAGAAGGCAGGGAGGGGAGACUUUCUCUGCCGGCCAGUGGGAAGUUACAGUUGAAAUUUAUCCCGGCGAUCACCUAAGGCCGCUUCCUCGGGGCUAUCCAGUUAUGACCUACAUUCACCAUACGUAUAACACCAUCACUCUCGGCGGUCCACCAGCUUCCUAUCACCCUUGCCUCCUCAGGGCACGCCAUGUAGCUACAUACUGCCAGCUGCCAGCAUCGGUACCUGAGGGCUUUCUCCUGGUGCCCGAGCUCCUUUUCUGCCCACUGAAGAUCAGGAAUGCAGCUCUCAGACCACGAGUUUUUGGAAGUACUCCAGCUCUCACGACUCAUCUGUGA